UCGUCAAAUAUAUUACAGUGUAAUUGCCACGUGUCGAAACCACAGACGCCACAGACCCAGCCAUAAGUUCUUUGUUUUUCAUUUUCACUUUGCCUAAGUCUUUCCCCACUCUUAAGCAAUAAUAAAAAGUCAUCACUGUCAUCCUGUCUUCCCAGAAACUUCACCAAACAAAUAACCCCAAAUUCAAAGUCUUCCCUUUUGCCGAAUCUACAACAAAUUCUAGGGUUUUUUAAACACUCCCUGUUUUGUUAAUUGAUCUAGUGGGUUGAUAAUCAGCUGGUGUGCUUAGUUAAAUUCUCAAAUGGAGGGGAUGGAGGAUACCAAGUCUGAGACGCAUUUAACCUCGGCUGCAGCUUUUGUGGAAGGGGGAAUCCAGGAUGCUUCUGAUGAUGCCUGCAGUAUAUGCCUUGAAGCAUUCUGUGAAAGUGAUCCAUCAACGGUGACCAGCUGCAAGCACGAGUUUCAUCUCCAUUGCAUUCUUGAAUGGUGUCAGAGGAGUUCUCAAUGUCCCAUGUGUUGGCAGCCAAUUAGCCUGAAAGAUCCAACCAGCCAGGAGCUGCUUGAGGGUGUUGAACGUGAAAGGAGUUUUAGGUUCAAUCUCUCUAGAAAUGCAACCAUAUUUCAUCAUCCAACUCUGGGGGAUUUUGAACUACAACAUCUGCCAGUGGGGGCAAAUGAUGCUGAGCUUGAGGAGCGCAUAAUCCAGCACUUGGCUGCUGCUGCUGCAAUGGGACGAGCACACCACAUUGCAAGAAGGGAAGGUCUGAGGAAUAGGUCAUCAGCUCAAGGUCGUCCACAGCUCUUGGUAUUUUCAACUCAUCCUAAUGCACCCUCUACUGGUCCUGUAUUGUCAUUAUCUCCAACUCAGAGAGAAGGUGAACCAGCCCUUGCAAUCACUGUUGGAACUCCAUCCUCUCCUGCAAGAACAGUGGGGGAAGAAUCUUUGGCAUCAAUUACUCCUGUACCUUCUGUCCAAGCUGAUCAGCUGUCUUCCUCAGCAUCUGGCUCCAAUGUUCUUUUGGUCAAUGAUCAAGGGAAUUCCUUGAACGCUAGGAGGUCUCCUAAUCAGUCUUCUCCCAAUAGUCAAGAUAGAGCAGGACCUUCAGAAUUCCAGUCAUUUUCAGAAUCAUUAAAAUCUCGGUUUAAUGCUGUUUCAAUGAGAUACAAAGAGUCAAUUUCAAAGAGUACAAGGGGUUGGAAGGAGAGAUUUUUCUCUCGCAAUACUUCCAUGGCAGAUCUUGGUUCUGAAGUUAGGAGAGAGGUUAAUGCUGGCAUUGCAACAGUCUCUCGCAUGAUGGAGCGUCUUGAAACCAGAGAUAAUAGAACCAGCACUGCUACUGUAUCAAGCAGCUUGGAAGAUAGGUCUAAUCCUGAAUCAAAUAACCACCAGAUAUCAGAUGCCGGUGGAGAAACUCCUUUGACUGAUUCCAGUGCACAAGCUUCAUGUGCUGCAAGUUCGGCAUCCUAGUAAGUAUUGUUUAAGCAACUGCAUCAACUGAAAGUGUUUUAGCUUCAAAGAUAUGUUUUGAUGGAUGUUUUGCUCUGGUUUUCAAACCAUUCUAUGUGUCCUCCUACAUCUGAAGGGAGCAGUUGGUGAUUGGGAACUGAUUCAGAGUAAAAGACACUGGAAAUAAAACAAAAAAAAGUUCUUAUAUUGUAACUCGGGAUGACCAGAUUAUGUAAAUCAGUUUAUAUUUUGAACUUUAUAUAUGAAUGUAUAAUUUUAAGCCCUGUAUGCUAGGCGCUCAAGUGUUGAAGAUGUGACAAAUUCUAGUGUAAGUCUGUUAAAUGUUAUUCAGAUUUUCAACACAAUUCGUGCUCUUGAACUUGCGCGUA